AUGGGAGAGCAGCACGGCGCGAAUUGCGGCGUCGCGAAAGUCCCGGACCGGGGUGGGCAGGGUGUGGCGAUGUCAGGUCGAUUGACUUCUCAGCUGGGUGAGGAGUCCAGGAGAGAGAAGGGUGUCGCUGAGUCUCGGUAUUCUCAUGGGAGAACUUGGAAUACCAAGAAUCUUGGGUUAAGAUCGCUUUCCGAUGUCGUUGCUGCGGCCACUGCGGGUGUACUUGUUGCGCCUGUUGUAACGACGAUCGAUAAAGCUAUUAUCGAGAAUACUUCCGGGAGAAAUACCAUGAGAGAAAGCAUCCGCUCUUCCCUCCAGACUCUUCUCCUCCGCCCUCACCACUUCCUCUCCUCCCGUCCAUUCCGUCUCAUCUUCACCCUCUACUCCGGCACCUACCUCACCGCCAACUGGCUCGACACCGCCUCCUCUACCCUCCACUCCACCCCCGCCCCCACCACCACGCACGGCGCCCCCAAGUUCCUCGCCACCUCCGCCGCCAAUCUCUCCCUCUGCCUCUACAAAGACGCCCAGUUCACCCAGCUCUUCGCCUCCCUCCACUCUGCGCCCCGCCCCGUCCCGCUCCCCUCUUUCGCCCUUUUCUCCCUCCGCGACUGCCUCACCAUCUUCGCCUCCUUCAACCUCCCCCCGCUCAUCGCGCCGCAUCUCCCGAUGCAUCUUGCCCCCGCGUUAGAGGAGCGUGUGAGCCGGACCAGCAUGGCGCAGUUUCUGGCGCCCGCUGGCAUCCAGGUGUUUAGUACCCCGUUGCAUUUGCUGGGUCUAGAUCAUUAUAAUCGGCCGCACGCGUCGUGGCGGGAGCGGCUCGGGAAGGUGGGUAAGGAAUGGGGGGUGAGUUGCCUCGCGCGCAUGUGUCGCAUUGUUCCAGCGUUUGGUGUUGGGGGCGUGGUGAAUUCGGGCGUUCGGCGGCAUUGGAUGGAGAAAUGGGAGUAG